AUAAUUAAGCUUCCACAACAUAGAACAACAAACCCCAAAUGCCUCUCCCCCGCCCUCUCUCUUUGACAAUGCAUCAAGAUCAAAGCAGAAGAAACCUCAUAACAUAUGCAACUGGCAUCUCUCUAGCUCUAAUACUCCUAACAACCACAAUGUCAUUCACAAGACCUCACCCGAAAAACCUAGCUCAACCUCAACUCCACCACUCCUCCCACACAUCCACCACCAUCUCCACCUGCCAAGCAACCCUCUACCCUUCCUUAUGCCAAUCCUCCCUCUCUUCUGCCUCCCAAAAAACUCUUAAAAAGCCAAAAGAAGCUUUCGCCCUCUCCGUCCGAUUCUCCAUGGACCAGGCCCGCUCCCUCCGCGACAAUGCUGCCGAUCUAACACGGUGCUCCGCCGUGGACGACUGCCUUGAGCUAAUAGACAUCACUCUCGAGCAGCUCACUGACGUCCUCAAUCAUGACAAAGCGUCGGACCCACACAGCGUUGACACGUGGCUCAGCGCCGCCAUGACGAACCAGGCAACGUGCAUGGACAGCCUCCAAGAAGGUGCGCGGUCGAAGGACCUGGACUGGAUGAGCUCGGACGUGCACAAAUUGAGUCAGUGCAUUAGUAACUCACUGGCGCUCCAUCAAACGGUUAAAAAGUUCGAGAAGCAUAAGAAGGUUUCGGGAGGCUCAAGAAUACCAGGGUGGAUGACGAUCCGCGACCGGAACCUUCUAGAAGCUUCAGCGGACCGCAUUAAUGCGGACGCGGUGGUGGCUAAGGACGGGAGCGGAGCGUACGGAGCGUACAGGAGUAUCGGUGAUGCGCUGAUGUCUGUGCCACGAGGAGGCGGUGGUGGCCGGACUGUAAUUUAUGUGAAGGCUGGGGUGUAUGAGGAGAAUGUGAAUAUAACGACCGAGCAGAAGAACGUUAUGUUGAUGGGCGAUGGAAAGGGUAAAACGGUCAUUGUGGGACGUAGGAGCGUGGCGGCUGGGUGGACCACUUACCGGUCUGCUACUGUCGCUGCAAUGGGGUCUGGGUUCAUCGCCAAGGGCCUAACAAUCAUCAACAACUCCGGCUCACAAGCGCAGCAGGCCGUAGCCCUCCGUGUUGGCGCCGAUCUAUCCGUAAUCUACCAAUGCUCCAUCGAAGGCUACCAAGACACGCUCUACGCCCAUUCCAACCGUCAAUUCUAUCGCGAUAACGACAUCUACGGUACGGUCGACUUCAUAUUCGGUAACGCAGCUGCGGUCCUACAGAAGUGCUUCAUCCACCCCAUGAAGCGCAGUGACGCCCAGCACAUCACAAUAACGGCCCAAGGCCGACGAGACCCACACCAAAACACUGGGCUAUCAUUCCACCAAUGUAGUAUAGUGGCCUCUUCUAACGUGUGCCGUGGGCAAACUUACCUUGGUAGGCCGUGGCAUAAAUACUCCAGGACUGUGUAUAUGGAGUCGUAUCUAGAUGCGUCGAUAAGCCCAGAGGGGUGGCUGCCAUGGGCUGGGAGUUUUGGGCUCUCCACCUUGUAUUACGGCGAGUAUGGGAAUAGAGGCGCAGGAUCAGAUAUAUCAGGCCGGGUCAAAUGGCCCGGGGUCCAUUCGUCGCUUAAUUAUUUGGAGGCGUCGAGUUUCACCGUCGGUCAGUUUAUCUCUGGUGAUGCAUGGCUACCGGGCACCGGUGUCCAGUAUGAUUCUGGGCUUUGAUAAUGAACACGCAAUUUGCUUUUGCAUUUUAAUAAGGUUCGUGUUAUUAUAUGGAUGCCGACUAUGUUUGUGCGUAUGUAUGGACCCAUGGGCUGUGACAUAUAUAAAAUUGUUUUAAUCCUU